CUCUCUCUCUGUCUCUCACUCUCCCUCCCCAAUCUCCCUCUCACACACACACACACACACUCGGGAGCAGCGUUUUGACGCACCACGCAGAGUUGGAUUAUAGUAUUGCGCGCUGGUAUUUCACGGAGCUUUUUCGCUUUCCUCACGUUGCCUGCUCUCUCUCUUCUCGCUGACUGGCAUGUGAUAGAGUGAUAUUGAUACAUGAUCGGAAUCAAUACCACUUUGACCUCUGCUGAGCUUUUUGAGGAUAAAAAAGACCCAAAACAACAAAAACGAGCGCUGUCGCCGCUUCUGCCUCUUUGCCGGAGGCGUGUUGUGAAUUAAUAACAAGACAGUCUCACCUGGAGUGUGUGUGGAGUGUGAAGUCUGUCUGUGUGUGUGUGUGUGUGUAAAAGAGUGUGUUUCUCUGGAUCAGGUCAAGGUGUGAGGUGUUACACUCUACCUGGUUCCGCACGCACAGCGCAUUUACACCACAUACACUAACUCAAAGCGCACCGGGGGGAUUUUGCGCACCGCAUGCCGGGGACAUGUGGAAGUUUUCGCCGCUGUAGCGCAGUGAGAGAGCCGGUUGAGAGCCGCCUGGUCGACCUCUCCUCUCCCUGUCCGGAGGGAUCAAACUCCCGGUGCAAAGCCUUCACAGACAGAGCCCCCUCCAAGAAGAGCCAAAUGUAAAUUCAGCAAGAGAAAUUCCCCCCCAAAAAACCCACAAAGAGGAAUCAGCAAACAAGAGGACUGUCUAGUUCACAGCGCAGAGUUUGGUGAGCUUUCCACGGAUUUAUUUCAGGGCUUUUUAAUUUUGUUUCACGCCCUUGAAUUACCCAGUGUUUCGUGCGUGGGUCUCAUAUUGGCCCCACACUUGCCGCAGUGAUGGUGGGAGCUGUGAGCGCUGCUGGCCCUGGCCUCUCUCCGGCCACUGCAGGGCUGCUGGUGGCUCUUCUGGUUCUGUUAAGCGGAGCGGACGCUCAGCCGUGUCCGGCCCAGUGUUCCUGCACUGGCACCACAGUGGACUGUCACGGCCAAGGACUGCGCAGCGUGCCUAGGAACAUUCCACGCAACGCGGAGAGGCUGGACCUGAAUGCAAACAACCUCACAAAAAUCACCAAGGCGGAUUUUGCAGGACUGAGGCAUCUGCGAGUGUUGCAGCUAAUGGAGAACAAAAUCACCACGAUUGAGAGAGGAGCCUUUCAGGACCUGAAGGAGCUGGAGAGACUGCGCCUGAAUCGGAAUAAUCUGGCUGUCUUUCCCGAGCUGCUUUUCCUGGGAACGACAAAGCUUUACAGACUUGAUCUGAGUGAGAACCAGAUUCAAGGGGUCCCAAGGAAAGCCUUCAGGGGAGCCGUGGAGAUCAAGAACCUCCAGUUGGACUACAACCACAUCAGCUGUAUAGAGGAUGGAGCUUUUCGAGCAUUACGUGACCUGGAAGUGCUGACGCUCAACAACAACAACAUCAGUCGACUGUCUGUGGCCAGUUUCAACCACAUGCCAAAGCUCAGGACCUUUCGCCUGCACUCCAACAACCUGCAGUGUGAUUGUCACGUGGCCUGGCUGUCAGAGUGGCUGCGACAACGCCCCCGUCUGGGACUUUAUACACAGUGCAUGGCGCCGCCACAUUUGAGGGGGCACAACGUGGCUGAGGUGCAGAAGAAAGAGUUUGUCUGCACAGGUUACCAGUCGUCGUCAUUCUCCUCCUGCAGUGUGUUACAGUGCCCAGAGUCGUGCACCUGCAGUAACAACAUUGUGGACUGCAGAGGAAAGGGACUGACAGAAAUACCCACCAACCUGCCUGAAACCAUUACUGAGAUCCGACUGGAGCAGAACGCCAUCAAGGUGAUCCCAGCUGGGGCCUUUUCUCCUUAUAAGAAGCUACGCAGGAUAGACUUGAGUAACAACCAGAUUUCGGAGCUGGCUUCGGAUGCUUUUCAAGGUCUGCGCUCCCUCAACUCUCUGGUUUUAUAUGGGAACAAGAUCACUGAGAUUUCCAAAGGAUUGUUUGAGGGACUUUUUUCUCUGCAGCUAUUGUUACUGAAUGCUAAUAAGAUAGCAUGUCUGCGUGUGGAUGCAUUUCAGGACCUUCACAACCUCAAUUUGCUCUCACUGUAUGACAACAAGCUCCAGACCAUCGCCAAAGGAACUUUCUCAUCACUGAGAGCCAUACAAACACUUCACUUAGCCCAGAACCCGUUCAUCUGUGACUGCCAUCUGAAGUGGCUGGCCGACUACCUGCAGGACAAUCCCAUUGAAACGAGUGGUGCGCGCUGCACAAGCCCGCGACGGCUCGCCAACAAACGGAUCGGACAAAUCAAGAGCAAGAAGUUCCGCUGCUCAGCUAGAGAACAGUAUUUCAUUCCAGGUACUGAGGACUACCGCAGCAAGCUCGGAGGAGACUGCUUCGCUGACCUGGCCUGUCCCGAGAAGUGCCGCUGUGAGGGCACGACGGUCGACUGCUCCAACCAGAAACUCACCAAAAUUCCAGAUCACAUUCCUCAAUACACCGCAGAACUGCGUCUCAACAACAAUGAGUUCACUGUGCUCGAGGCCACCGGCAUCUUCAAAAAGCUGCCUCAGCUGAGGAAGAUUAACCUGAGCAACAACCGUAUCACUGACAUAGAGGAGGGAACAUUUGAAGGAGCCACGGGGGUCAACGAGUUGAUUCUGACCUCCAACAGACUGGAGAACGUACACCACCACAUGCUGAAGGGACUGAGCGGCCUCCGCACGCUUAUGCUGAGGAGUAACCGAAUCAGCUGUGUGAGCAACAGCAGCUUUGUGGGGUUGAGCUCAGUUCGUCUCCUGUCGCUCUACGACAACCAGAUCACCUCCAUGAACCCCGGGGCUUUUGACACUCUGCACUCUCUGUCCACACUAAACCUCCUGGCCAACCCCUUCAACUGUAACUGUCACCUGGCUUGGCUCGGGGAUUGGCUGAGGAGGAAACGCAUCGUCACGGGUAACCCUCGCUGCCAGAGUCCCUACUUCCUGAAAGAGAUCCCCAUCCAGGAUGUAGCUGUGCAGGACUUUGCCUGUGAAGAUGGUAAUGAUGAGAACAGCUGUUCUCCAGUGCUGAGGUGCCCAGCAGAGUGUUCAUGUUUGGACACAGUGGUGCGCUGCAGCAACAAGGGUCUCACCACACUGCCAAAGGGACUGCCCAAAGAAACCACUGAGCUCUACCUGGAUGGUAACCACUUCACUCAGGUUCCCGCGGAGCUGUCCGACUACAAACAACUAACAUUGAUCGACUUGAGUAACAACCAGAUCAGCACAUUGUCCAACCACAGCCUCAGUAACAUGUCCGAAGCUCUGGGCGCCAACCCUCUGUACUGUGACUGCCACAUGCAGUGGCUGUCAGACUGGGUAAAAAGUGGCUACAAGGAACCUGGCAUAGCCCGCUGUGCCGGACCCGGUGACAUGACGGACAAACUGCUGCUCACCACACCUUCCAAGAAGUUCACCUGCACAGGUCCAGUGGAUAUGAGUAUCCAGGCCAAGUGUGAACCCUGCCUGUCCAGCCCCUGCAAGAACGAUGGCACCUGUUCCAAUGACCCUGUGCACUACUACCGCUGCACCUGUCCCUAUGGAUUUAAGGGCCAAAACUGUGAGGAGCCCAUUCACGCCUGCAUCAGUAACCCGUGUCAGAGUGGUGGAACGUGCCACCUGAAGGAAGGAGAAAACAGCAACUUUUGGUGUGUGUGUCCAGAGGGCUUUGAAGGCGACGCGUGUGAGAUCAACAUCGAUGACUGUGAAGAUAACGACUGUGAGAACAACUCCACCUGUGUUGAUGGAAUCAACAACUACACGUGCAUGUGCUCCCCAGAAUACACAGGGGAGCUGUGUGAAGAGAAACUGGAUUUCUGUGCUCCAGAGCUGAACCCAUGUCAGCAUGACUCAAAGUGCAUUUUGACCCCACAGGGAUACAAGUGUGAGUGCACUCCAGGUUACAUAGGUGAGCACUGUGAGCUGGACUUUGACGACUGUAAAGACAACAAGUGUCAAAAUGGAGGUCAGUGCAUCGAUGCCAUCAACGGAUACACCUGCAUCUGUCCAGAUGGAUACAGUGGGUUAUUCUGCGAGUUCUCUCCCCCGAUGGUCCUUCCUCGCACCAGCCCCUGUGACAACCAUGAGUGCCUAAACGGGGCGCAGUGCGUCAUUGUGGGAACAGACCCCCGCUGCCAGUGUCUCCAUGGCUACGAGGGCGAGCACUGUGAGACUCUUGUCAGUGUCAACUUUGUCAACCGCGAGUCCUACCUGCAGCUUCCCUCCAGUCUUUUGUCUCCGCAGACCAACAUCAGCCUACAGAUUGCUACAGAUGAGGACAGCGGUGUGUUGUUGUAUAAAGGGGACAAUGAUCACAUUGCCAUGGAGCUGUACAGGGGGCGCCUCCGGGUCAGCUAUGAUACUGGCUCCUACCCUCCUUCUGCUAUUUACAGUGUGGAGACAGUGAAUGAUGGCAGUUUUCAUGCGGUGGAGCUGGUAGCAUCGGAUCAAACUCUGUCCCUUUCUAUUGAUGGUGGGCCGCCCAAAUCCAUCAACUCCCUCAGCAAACAAUCCACACUCAACAUAGAGUCCCCACUUUACCUGGGAGGGAUGCCAGAGCGUGCGUCAUCCUCUGGCGGUCUUUCAGCUCUGCAGCACAGCUCAGGUGGACGCAAUGGCACCAGCUUCCAUGGCUGCCUCCGUAACCUGUACAUUAAUGGGAAGCUCCAGGACCUGGGGGCAGGGCUGGGGCCAGCAGCUCCAGGCUCAGGGACUGCACAGAGCACCACCAGACAGUGGCUGGGUCACGGGGUGGAGCCAGGCUGUCAGCCAUGCCAGAGAGGAGCCUGCGUCCAAGGCGACUGCCAUGAAACGGGGCACCGUGGCUUCACCUGCACCUGCCACCCCGGCUGGACAGGAGCGCUGUGUGACCAGCAGGUCAACAACCCCUGUGAUGGCAAUAAGUGCAUCCAUGGCACGUGCCUUCCAAUCAACUCCUACUCUUACUCGUGCCGCUGCCAGCCUGGUUUUGCUGGCGUACUCUGCGAUGUGCAGGACCAGGACGUAGCUAAUCCCUGUAGUCUGUCUCGAUGCAAACAUGGCAAGUGCAGAGUCUCCGGCCUGGGUAAAGCAUACUGCGAGUGCAACAGUGGAUAUACGGGAGAGGCGUGCGACAGAGAGAUGGCCUGCCGAGGGGAACGGGUCCGAGAUGUCUACCAGAGACAGCAAGGCUACGCGGCGUGCCAAACCCAGGAGAAGGUCUCCCGCCUAGAGUGUCGGGGCAGCUGCACAGGGGGAGCAGACGGACAAGUCACCUGCUGCACCCCCCUCCGCAGCAAACGCAGGAAAUAUACCUUCCAGUGCACUGAUGGUUCUUCUUUUGUCCAGGAAGUGGAGAAAGUGGUCAAGUGUGGCUGUACAAAGUGUUCGUCAUAAAAUAGAAAGAUUAAAAAGAGAGAGACAAUAUCCUUGGCUGAUUUCCUCCUACCCAGAUAUUAUUCUGUGUUCCUGCCCGCCUUACUUGAUCCUCAUCCCCGACUGCCCAAGGUCCUUAUUCCUACUGGGAAAAUCUUCCUCCCUCUACAGUCCUCCCCCCACCAACCCUAUUUUUUAAACCUUUAAAAAAUAAAAGAAUAAAAAAAAUAAAUAAAAAGAGAAAGAUCGAGAAAUGUCAAAAAAAAAAAAAAAGUUUUCUUUUGAUGUCAGUGCUGGACUGAUGAUUGAUGCUUCCUCGAUGGGGAUGUUGAAUUGUAUUGUAAAGUACAAAACAGACUUAUUUUUUAUUAUGAAGUGGAGAAAAAAAGAUUAAAAAAAAAAAAACAACAAAACAAAGCAAAACACAAGUUGACUUUUUCCUCACACCUCCUUUUUGUUGGUCACGAUGACUCCAAUGGUGUGCCACACUGUCUCUUUCCUGGAGGACUGAACGGUCGCUGACGGGCUGACCGCUUCCUGUAGACUUCCUGCUUCCUGUCCGUGAGUUGCGUGUUUUAGGAGUAACCUUAACUGGUAGUACCACAGACUCACCACAGGGAGGCGCUGCAUUAUGGCAUGGGAGAGGGCGGGCAGUGAUAACCCCUUUCAACACGAGAAACCACCUCACCACCUGUAGUGUGCAGUUUCCCUCCUGAACCCUCUGAGACUGUGUGCACGCCCCCCGAUACACAGCUGUGCUCAAACUUGUGGUGUUUUAUACAGCUACUGAACAACACACACACACACACACACACACACACAUUUGCAUAUGGUCUCACCUGUAGAGGCACGUUACCUGCCAGGUUGAAUAUACGACUCUCCGUUUAUCGACCUCCCCAAGUCAUAAAUGACAAGUAUUUAUUGUAUCAUAAAUACCUGUACUUAUUCAGUAGAUCCCCAUGUAUCAAUCUGAUUCUUUUAAUAUAUAUUAAUUUAUAUUUGUCCUUAUUUUUGUAUUAAAAAGACAUAAAACUGUCAAGAUAGCUGAUAACUAACAAGAUGGUGUCCUUUAUUUUGGUUGAAGAGAAGUCGUUUUUUUGAUUGCUGAAACUAUUGUGCUUGCCAGAGACCGUAGUUACAUUUUAAUCUGCAAAUGUGACGUGAAGACAUUGUAUAUUUUUGUCGCCUUUCCUGAGAGUUUGUACUGUGCCAUUGCCAGAAGGUCUUUAUAUUAGAGUAUAAAUGUAUAGAUAAUUUCCCUACCUAUGUAUUUCACACACAGAUCUUGUGAGUAGCAUUGACCCUAGAGGAUUCUUAGAACUGUUUUUACCUUUUUAACAAAUUUAUGCUUUAAGAAUACUGUGACUUUUUCUAAAUGAAACUACUUUGUUAGCCCCUUGGUCUCCAAUGUUAACAUGUUGCUGCUAAGUUUUUGUACCGUAGACUUGGAUCCUGAUCUGUAUGUCAUAUAGAACUUCCUGCUCCUACUGUACAGGGGCACAUUGUGUAACAGAUAAAUAUGUUCCCCACCUCUA